GCGGAGGGGAUGCCGAAACAUAUGUAAAGGCAUUUACCGACACCAUCGAAACACUAGCUACUGCAGUAGUUUCAAGUGAGGAAGAGAAGUCAGUUAUGGUGGCAAAACUUAUUGUCAGCAUCAAGUCAUUUCUUUCUGAUCAAGCAGCUGUUAAUGGAGUUUUCAAUCGGCUGGUUGAAGAGCUGCGUACAAAACUUCUACCAACAGUAAUACCUGGUUUUAACAGUCUUUCAGAAAGCAAGAUAUAAUAGAAAUGGGGAACUUUGCAUGCCGCAUGCAUUUGCUCAUAAAUCUGGAUCCUGCUGCUUCAAAAGCAUUGCGUGUACUAGAUGACACAGUCGCAGAUGAGCCAGGAACCCUGCGUCUGGCCCGUACUGCUGCAGCACUGUUGACACGUAGGGGCUCUGCAGUAGCUGGUAUACCAGACCUUUGGGAAUCAUUUUUGCGAGGAAAGAAGCAAAAAAACUAUUUUGUCACCUAUAUUGGCCAUAGGAUGAAUAUUUCCUACUAUGAAUGUGCAGCACUCUAUUUUCACUGGGAUGACCUUGCAGAAUUCAUAGGUGGUAUACCAGAUAGCAACCAACUAAUAUCUUCUGUACAAUUUGAUAUAAAAGAAGUCCUCUACAAAGCAGGUGCAAGAUCUAUGGGAAUAAUGUAUGCACUAAUGAUGGAGCCUUUCGAGAGAAGUUUAAAAAUACCAGGCAAUAUACUAGAUCUUAAUGACGACCUGGAGCAGAUGGAAGCAUGUCUGAAAGAAUGGACUUCUGAUGGGAACCCUGCUGUUGGAAAAAUGUGUAUGUUUAAGACAGUAGCUGUAACAGAGAACGAAUUGCUUAAUAAGCUCUUUGAAGAGGUCACCUCAGCCGAAGAAGCAAUAAUCACGCAAUUAGGAAUAGAACUGAUAUCCUCAGAAUGUCUGAUUGUAGUACAACGCCAGGCAUCUACUCAGCUACCCGGUGGCAAAUAUUAUAACCCAAAUGAAAAAAUGAAAAAAAUAGCCAAAACAGUACCAAAAAUGAACAACGAUGGGGAAUGUGACAUGUCAAUCCUAGAUAACAUUCUUCGGGCUAAACCAGGCAUGGGAAGUGCCAAUCUGGAAACACAUGUGAUGUGGUGGAAGAAUAAACCAUCACAGUAUCUGCAAAACAUGUCUGAAGAAGAAAGGGAGCAGACACUUAAUGAUGCUCAAAAGAAGUGCCCAUCAUUUAUUGAGCAUAUAAAGAAAAAGAAGAUAGAGUUGCAAAAUAAAAUUGAUGAUAAAUUGAAAACCAGACAACAAAAAAAAGCGGACACUGAGGCAACUUAUCAAAAUACCAAGUUGAAGUUAAGUAGAGAUGUGGCAAAAUUGGGUGGGCCAUGGUGUUCACAGGAAGUAGACAGCAAGCUUAAUGGACUGAAUUCAGAAAAGCAGAAAGCAGCUGUACUAACACAGCUUAAGUACUAUAAAACUGUACUUUGUGCUAAAGGCGAUAGAGAACUAUUUAACGAAUCCAAGAAGGGGAAAAAACAUAGUCUGGAUCAAUUAAAAGAAAAUUUAAAGCAUGUUUUAUCACUAAACGACAACAUUUCUGAUGAUGAGGCUAAUACUGAAGCACCAAAUUUAGUUUAUAGAUCACUGGAUGAAAGAUCUGAACGAAUUCAGAAUAGAAGACAAGAGAUGCUGUUCAAGCUUAAGAGCUCAGAGAUUAACCUUAAGAUACUACAGACGAAAUCACGCAUGCAACAAUUUAUCGCUAACCCUGAUGAUUUAGUUGGCAAAUCUGUGUUUCAUAAAUGUUUCGAAAAGGAAAAGUAGAUUGGUUUGAAGGUGUGGUGACUAGAAUUCACCGAAAAAAGGCAGACCCAAUGAAAACCAAGUACGAAAUUGUUUACGAUAUUUGUGAUUCGGAGACAUGGUUUUUUCCACUAUUGAUGGAUAUUAAAAAAUCGGACUUGUACUUAAAGUAGAAUGGUAAUUUUGAUGCACGCAAUGAUGCAACUAGUGGCAUUGUAUGUAAUGUUGCAAAAUUAUAAUCUUAUAAUUCCGGCCAUGAAACUUAGACUAAAAAAUACUAGGAUGGUGUCUGGCAGGGGAUAAUUUUUACCUUGUAAAUUAAGAUUAUAUUAUUAUUUGGUGGCCAUUUUGAAUUUGGCAGUCAUUUUGAAUUUGGCAGCCAUUUUGAAUUCUGAAAUAUAGGUCCAACUACCAUUUCAACCUUAAAAUUCCAUAGUGUUCAGCAUUUUUUAUGUUAAUGUGACAGCGAGUUAUAAUAUG